UAAAAAUUUCCCUAAAAAGUAAAUCGAAAAAAUAACUUUAAAAUGUGUUAAAUAAAUAUUUAACGUAGCUAAACAAUUUCUCUAUAAAUUUUAACAACUUUUACAGUUGUUCCAUUAUUAUUUUCAACUUUCAAAACGAGAUUAUCAUUACUAAAAGUAGUGGCUGCAGGCAUUACCAAAUAUGGAGUUUGCUCGUUUUCCCAACCGUCCUCCCUUCGAUCCUUAGUAGCUCUCGGUUUUAUUUUCUUUUAAACAAUUGUGUUAUAUUCAAAUGUUUUCAUUGCAUUUUCUAGUGUAAUAAUAAUCAUUUCUUCUUUAUAAUCAAACAUGUCGUUUAGGGUGGUGCGCAGUUCUAAAUUCCGCCACGUUUACGGGCAGGCCCUGAAACGUGAGCAAUGUUAUGAUAACAUAAGAGUGUCAAAGAGUUCUUGGGACUCUACGUUCUGUGCGGUGAAUCCUAAGUUUCUGGCUAUAAUCGUCGAGUCCGCCGGCGGAGGCGCCUUCAUAGUACUGCCACACAAUAAGGUUGGUCGCAUACCGGCGGACCACCCGCUAGUGGGAGGGCACAAGGGCCCCGUGCUCGACAUCGCGUGGUGCCCGCACAACGACAAUGUCAUCGCUAGUGGCUCCGAGGAUUGUGUUGUUAAGGUAUGGCAGAUCCCCGACGGGGGCCUGUCCCGCACCCUCACGGACCCGGUGGUGGACCUGGUGUUCCACCAGCGGCGCGUGGGGCUGGUGCUGUGGCACCCCACCGCGCAGAAUGUGCUGCUCACCGCCGGCUCUGAUAACCAGAUAGCGAUAUGGAACGUGGGCACCGGCGAGGUGCUGCUGACGCUGGACUGUCACCCGGACCUCAUCUACUCCGCCUGCUGGAACUGGACCGGCUCCAAGCUCCUCACCACCUGCCGCGACAAGAAGAUCAGGAUCAUCGACCCGCGCAAGGGCGAGGUGGAGUCGGAGGCGGUGGCGCACGAGGGCAGCAAGGCCUCGCGAGCCAUCUUCCUCAAGCACGGGCUCGUCUUCACCACCGGGUUCAGCCGCAUGUCGGAGCGUCAGUACUCGCUCCGCACCCCGGACGCCCUCGCGGAGCCGAUCGUGACGGUGGAGAUCGACACCAGCAACGGCGUCAUGUUCCCGCUCUACGAUCCCGACACUAACCUCAUCUACCUCUGCGGGAAGGGCGACUCCGUUAUACGAUACUUUGAGGUACUGCAUCCUUAUCGGCCUAGCCUGUUCCUAUACCCGGAUGUAGCGGAGCCGAUCGUGACGGUGGAGAUCGACACCAGCAACGGCGUCAUGUUCCCGCUCUACGAUCCCGACACUAACCUCAUCUACCUCUGCGGGAAGGGCGACUCCGUUAUACGAUACUUUGAGGUACUGCAUCCUUAUCGGCCUAGCCUGUUCCUAUACCCGGAUGUAGCGGAGCCGAUCGUGACGGUGGAGAUCGACACCAGCAACGGCGUCAUGUUCCCGCUCUACGAUCCCGACACUAACCUCAUCUACCUCUGCGGGAAGGGCGACUCCGUUAUACGAUACUUUGAGGUGACACCAGAGCCACCAUUCGUUCACUACAUCAACACCUUCCAAACGCCAGACCCACAGAGAGGCAUCGGCAUGAUGCCGAAGCGAGGUUGCGACGUGGCCACUUGCGAAAUCGCCAAGUUCUACCGAUUGAACAACUCCGGACUUUGUCAGGUGGUAUCAAUGACAGUCCCCCGCAAGUCGGAGCUGUUCCAAGAGGACCUGUACCCCGACACCCUCAGCGACGAGGCGUCGCUGACGGCGGACGAGUGGCUCGCGGGCGAGGACGCCGAGCCCUGCACCAUGUCGCUCAAGGAGCGUGCCCUCGUUGUGCAGGGCGGCUACGUCGCCGGCCGCGCCGCCACGCAGCUGCACGUCAACAAGAAGACCAACGCGCUGGCUGGGGCUAAGGAGAGGGAGAAGGACAGGUCUCCUACUCCGGCGCAUCGGAGGGAUGACAGCCAUGCGGGUACUCCGGCCUCCGCUACCCCGCCGCCGGCCGUCAGUGCUGCUGUGGAGAAGCAGCUCUCAGACCUAGUCGACGAGAUCCGCAAACUGAAGUCAGUGAUCGUCAAACAAGAGAACCGCAUCAGGGCUCUAGAAGCCACGGUGAAGGCUCCGGCCACCCCCACCAUCACUGCCCCCGCGCCCAGCAGCCCGCAGCCGGCCGCCAGCCCCCAGCAGAACCAUGACGAUGACGCCAUGGCUCCCGACGAGGUCUGAAGGUCAGGAGGUACAGGUACUUUGUGUUCUAUAGGCCCAAAUUCACUGACAACAUAGACGAUGACGUCACUGGACUAUUGCCUCCCCCAAGGUUCGUCAGGUUGCUCGAUCUUCAGCAACCCGCAUCUACUGCUUUCCGGCUACCUUGGCCAGAUAGACCGUCCAUCUAGUGGCGGGGUCAGCCCACGCUGCGUCUUCCGGUCUUCUGACAUAAAUCAUCAGUUCUCUUAGAACAACUGUUUACUGAAAGUGGAUAUUGGGGGUAUACAGUUGUUUAAAAAAUGGACGUUUUAUGUUGUCAGUGAAAAUGGACCUCAAUCUAGUUAAACAAGGACCAAAAUACAACACUGGUCCUUUUUAGUAAUAAAAAUUAUGGAAUUGGUAGUUUUGUUUAAAAGCAGCAAAAAUACGCUAGAUUAAAAACACAAAGUUGACGUGUCGAUAUUUAUUUUUUAACUGUAUUAUUAACUAAGGAAAUGGUUUAGAAUUGAUAUCGACUAAAUAAAUGAAUGAUGAAAAGUCACUACAUUUAGAUACGGUAUAUUUGGACAAUAAUUUAGGAUCGAGGGGAGCAACGCCUUAAGAAAAUGUUCUGAAGUUUCAUUGUUACGUAUAAAGGGAGUUCAGUGGCGCACAGAAAUACGCAUAUUUAAACUUGGAUAAAUAUUCAUCUUAAAGUACAUGAAAACCUAAUCAAAUAUGAAGUCAAUGCUAUUAUAUUUAACCGCAAACAAACAGUGGACUUUUGACGCAACUGCAUGCGUCGUAGUUACAGCCGAAAGACAUACACUGCUGGCCUGCUGCCUCCCCCAAGGUUCGCCAGUUUGCUCCAUCUUCAGCAACCCGCAUCCACUGCUUCCCGGCGACCUUGGCCAGAUCGGCCGUCCUUGUAGAAGGGGUGGAGCGGGGGCAGUUAAGGAGUCAUUUAAACAAAAACAUAUUUUAAAUGGAUACAAACAAUGGAAUUUCAAUAUAGCUGCGUCGUAUCAAAUUCUGACAAAAAGUUGUAUCGUAAAUAUUCCUAUGCGCCACUGAACCCCAACUAUUUAUUUAUAUAAAAUAAUUUUGUAAAUAGUAAGUAUAGUGAAGUGAUAAAAACGCGAAAUAAAAUUAUGUGCCUUAACUCAUUUAAUUAUAUAAUUUACCGUCACAAGUCAUUUGUAUAUGCUAUUAAUUGAUUGGUGUACAUUUUUGUGUGCGAUGAAAAUAAUUAGCAAGAAAGCCUUAUGCCGUUUAGCCAGCCCUUUGCUGUUAUAAUACCUAUAAAUAUAUACCUGUCAUUUUUUUUUUUUAAAUAUUGUUCGAUCUAUAAAAAAUAUAUUUCGUAUGUUUGAUGCAAUUUUUGUAUAAAGGACCGGCAAAAUUACAUUAAUAAUAAUAUCGAUAUUUUGUUUGAAGAUCUCACGUUAUGAUACUUUACAUAACUUUAGUAUCCAUAUAUAUGACUACAUACUAACCACCUUAUGAAACAUGGUCUUAAAAAAGAACCGUCUUAUGAGCUGGGUCUAAAUGAUCGACUUGUAUUAAGUUAAUGGUCUAAACCUAGCACUAAAGCGAGUACAUUUCAAGACAACGUUUUAUAAUUAGCGUGUCAGUAUUUCUGGUCCUUUGAUACGAAAAAGAAAAACAAUAUUCAAUCAAGUAAUUUUAUAAUAAUCUCUCUUUGAUAUACCUUCAAGCCUCCUAGGCUCAUUCUGAAGAUUAUAAGGUCCAAACCGAAAAACAUAUAAAAGUUUUCAUAUUAUUGUAGUAGGAACAAAUCAAUUAUUAGUUUUUAACGUAGGCACACAAACGCUGGUAGUAAUUAAGCUAAUUUUAUUUAUUAUUACGUGUUUUAUGAAUAUGUGAACACCAUGUUGAUGUGAAAGGUACAUUAAACUACAAUAGAUAUUUUUGAGAUUAUGUUAUACAUAUAAAGGAAAUUAUGAUUUGUUUUUCACAACUUCUUCACUAAAACUGGUCCUGUCUAGUUACAUAAGGACCAAUCUUGCGUCUAUCUCUAUUCUGACUAAAAUGUUUACCUAUUUGUAAAAUACGAAUAUUAACCCUAGUUCACACAAGUUUCUCAUUAAUACGCUAUCAAAUAUUGUACUAUGUUAUAAACUGUCAAUACAUUAUGAAAACCCGUGUGAAUUAAGCUUUAAAUUCGAUUUAGACAGUUGAUAUUGUACACUUUGGAGAGUAGAUAAAAAUUAUAAAUGAAAUACUAAACACUCGGUGUUUUUAGCAAUAUUACAUACCUGGAUUAUUUCUUAGUACAACGAAACGUGUUAAAAUGAAACACUCCAUUUUUAUUCGUUCUCUAAAGGUGAUAUCAAAUGUGUAACUCGGACUUGUAUAAGUUAGGCUUAAGAGUCCAGUAACUUGGUGCUUUUGUAUAUCUUUUAUAUUUUCAAAUAACUUAAGGCGCAACGCUUCUAAACAAAUUGCUGGCUCAAUGCAUUAUUAAUAAUUAUUUUCUACUAUUAUUCUAUUCUAGUUAAUAUAAGUUUGCUGUUUUAAUAUAUUAUGAUUUGUAAGAAUUUUCUAAUUUUUGGCGCCGAAAUCUGUCGCCAUCUUGAAUUUUAACAUACCAGCGCAUCAUUCGACUUUUUAGUAUUUCAUUUUCUCACAAAUAAAAUAGUAUUUAUAUAGAAUCGUCAACUGAGGACGCGAUUUUCAUUUAACACAAUGUAAAGUAUUAAUUUCAUAUCAUUGGAUACAUUUUACAUGGUCCUUGGCAGCUAGUCAUGUCAGUUAUGAAAUUUGACAUUUGACAGUAAGUCGCGCUGUCAUCUCGACAGUUAGUAUUAUAGUUUAAAUUUUAAAUAGUAUUAUUACGACAAUUAUUUUUCUUAUGUAAUUUAUGAUGGCGUAAACUUAGAUGUUCGUUUUAGUAUCAUGACAAAGCAAUGUAUGAAUUUGUAUGGGAAAAUGCUUGGUUUUACCUUUAUGAAUAUUUGUGUAAAUUAUGAUGGAGCUCCGAGUUUUUGUAUCAUAUUUAAAAGCAUAUUUACUUCAUGAUGUGUAAAUAUUUAAUGGCUACAAAUUUAAGUAUGAUCAGAAAUUGGUCCUUACAUCCGAAACUUCAAUUUGUACGUGACGCUUUUGUAUUUUAUUUUUCAUAAUCGAGUUUUUUUUCUUAGCAUUUUUUUAACCUUUUGUGUAAAGAUACGCGCUAUUUUAAUGUACUUAGUAUAAAUUUUACUAUCGACUAAAAGGCAGUGUCCAAGAAACGAGAAACGAUAAAAAAAAAUUGUCUUACAUUAUAAAAGUCACAUGAUUAAAAUGAAAUUGUUGUAGUCAGAUACUGACACUUCCGAAAAAGCCAAUUUAAAAAGUCUCCGUAGACAAUUUCUUUGAUAUAACUUUAGAGCGUAGUUUCACAUUCGUUGGGCACUUCCCCAGAUGUUAGGAUUUCGACUGUUAAUAUUUUGACGUUAAAUAAUUUGUAAUGGUGUUUUUUCUCUUACCACCGCUUUAGACGCUUCCCUAAUUAAUAAUAUUUCAUAUGUAUUAUAGUUUUGUUUUGAACUUGUUUGUUAACAAUAUUAUAAACCUGAAAUAAAGAUGGAGAAAAAUCUAUGUGACGUAGCAUGCAUGAAGUAUGUAUAGACAGCACAUAAAGCUACUCCAAUUUGUAUUUUUUUCUCAAUAAAAAUUGAACCUUAUACUUUAAAGAUAAAGUUGAAAAUCUAUUAAAGAACUUUGACAGAUUGCUACCUUCAUUUGCUGGCGUAUUUAGUCGAAUUAGUUCAAAACAAAACACCAAUAUUCACUUUUAAAUGUAAAUAUUAUCUACUCCUUUUUUGAUUAGAAAAUGUGACAGCGGAAAACUGAAAAUAGUAAAAUAUAUGACGCACAAUUUUGUAAAAUACGUUGUCUUAGAGUGUGUGAACACUGGAUAGUCUGAAAGACUUGAAACAUUGAAUUUAUGUAAAAAUACGUAUCUAAGACAACGUGUGUAGUAUAUAAAAAUAAUUUGGUGCUAGUAAUGAGGAAUUCUUAUCCUGUUGUAAAGUUAUUCGUGGAUUUCUGCCUGGAUAUGACAAUAGACUUCUCAAUCCAAGUUACGUUAAAAUAAAUAUGGCAAAUAAGCCUUCGACAGUUAUUUAUAUGUUGUCAUAUCUAAAGCGUAAGGAACAUGAAAACUUAAAGAACUUUGUAUGUAAAUAAGUAUUAUGAGUAGUCACGAAUUAACUUCGACUUAUUUAUCAAUGUUUCGACUAUUCUCGAUAUUUUAUCAAGUAAGGCUCUGCAAUAUUAAGCCAACUUUAGCCUUUCAGUCAACCAGUUUUAAAGAUUGGUAACUAACUAUUGACUAGCUUUUUAUACCAAUAUACUGCGAAAUGCUUGACAAUAUAUAACUUACAACAUAUACAUUUUCAAUUUAUAAAGUCUUUUCUAUACAUUGUUAUUCUAACUCUAAAAUCUAUAACAUUAAAGCUCAAUUUUGAAUGUAAUCUUACAAUCUGAGAUUUGUAAUACUUAUGCCUUAUUCGGUGCUACUAAGUGCCAAUGCUACAGAGCUACAUAUAAAAUUGUAUAACGUUUUACAUGAAAAUUGUCAAUAUUAUAUAAUUAAAUAAAUAUAGGUGAUAAGUGCCUUGUUGUGUUUUGAUAAGUAAUACUCAGAUCAUUAAUGUUGCUACGAAAGUUGAACAGAAAUAUAUAUUUAUUUUACUAUUUUCA